AUGCCCACCAUCACCAUCAACUCGCUCCUUACUCGUCUUCUACUCGUCUUCUAUCGUCAUCAAAAUGCACCGAUGCCUAAGUCAAAACAACGCACAUCAGACCUCGUGACAUGCGAUCGAUGUGGAGCAGUUGUUUGCGCACGGGGAUUAGUAUCCCGUACGAAGUCUUGCGCAAAGAAAGAACAGGAGCGGCUAGAAGACGAGGAGUUCAUUGAUAUAGUUUGGAAAGCUGAAAAGAAAGAACUUAGAAGGCAGCGUCGUAAAGUGCGCAAUAACUUACAACAUUUUGAGAACACGCUGUCGGCUGCUACAGUGAACACCACCGCGAUCUGGGCAACAGAAUCAGACAUAGUGCCAGAUCAUCAAGGGUCAUCGCCUUCACGGUACCCACCAAUGGACCAUGACACAACAUUACCCGGCUUCAACGAGCCUGAUUCUGGUCCCAUCGACAACGAGCCUGAUCCUGGUCCCAGCGAGCCCACUCACCAGCUCGAUGACAUCCAACCGCCCAACGGAAGCUUAUGUGCCCCUGUAACAACUCACCAUGGGAGCCCUUCCGCACACAACUCGAUUUUGAGAUUUGCAGAGAUUGCUCUUGAAGCUGCAAUGACAAAGGAACAGACUAAUCGUCUUCUCAGUCUCGUACACCAAUCUGCUAGCGGCAAAGAUGCAUUCACGUUGCAAAAUCAUGAUGAAGUCCGUUCCCUCUGGGAUCUAGCUUCACAAUGUUAUACCAGAUUUCAGUGUGACAAUGUAUCUGUUCCCUUCGAAAAAGAGGUAUAUGAGUUUGACAUGCACUACCGCCCUCUUUGGGACUGGGCACUUGACUUGUUGCGAGACAGACAUCUCGCACCUCACUUUGUGUUUGAUGCUCAACGUCUCUCAAAAUUCGAUGGAGAAAAGUUUGUACGUUUCAUUGACGAACCGUGGACUGCCGAUGCAUUUUGGAAUGCUGCAAUCACACCUUCCUCCGGAUGCCAAACCAUUGGCGUUCAUCCUGAGGCGGUCGUAGUUGUUGGUUGGCUGCCCAUUAUCGUCGAAAAUCAGGAACACAUGAAGAAGAAGAAGGGAAAUUCCCGUGUCCAAUUUGUUUGGUUCCGCAAGAUCAACAGUCUGUUCUUCAGUACCUACGAGCUACGCACAAGCCGCCAAUCUGAAGACAUACUUCGUACUGCAAGAUCCAUGCCUUCUGAGAAGGAAAAGGAGGAUCAUUUGAAGGCCUUCUUGCUCCGAAAUGUUCAGAACGUCUUCUCGAGAAUUCUUUACACAGACGUUCAUCACACUCUUUCUUUCGACCGCUUGCAUACAAACGAGGAAGGAUUAUGGGGCGACCAUCUGUGGAAGGAGACAAAAUUUUGGAUUUUGGAUCUUGGGCGGGAAGCCACUGUCAAACUCGAGCAAAAUUUUGACGCACUUCCACGAUGGCCUAAUCUGACACAUUUUUCAGUCUGGGAUCUGUCGAAGAUGAUUAUCUUUGCAGCACAGGAUAUUCUUUCUUCGUCCCACUGCAAACUGGGACACUUACUUCUUCGCUGCAUUCACUACUACAUUGAGUUCGACGUCUAUGCCUCAUUCGAAGUCCACACGGAAGGGACAAUUAUAGCUGGAAGGUUGGCGCUGCAAAAGUUCUCGGAAAUUAUGGAUGAAUACAUCACUGAAUCGCAGCCUGAAACGAUGAAGAAUUGGAAUUUUCCAAAGAAGCAUUUAAUCUCGCACAUAUUUGAUGAUAUUUUGGCCAAAGGCGUGACCCGCAACUACAGUACCAAGCCCAAUGAAAAAAUGCACGGCUCUCUUCGAAAAAUCUACCUUCAAUGCACGAAUUUCAAGAAUGUUGCUUCUCAGAUCCUUCACUAUGAUGAAUGGCUUCUGACCUCGACGUCUAUGCGCAUCGAACUCGACGAACUCGACAAGUAUAAUCAAGGAGACACUCUCGAUCCCGAGACCAAUGAAACUCUGCCUGAUGCUGGAAACCCCGAAUCUACUACUGUCCAUGCACAUUUAGGUUCGAGGCAAGGCAAUUACUCCUUUUCCGAUAUCAUGCACUCGCAUGGAACUGAUAGGGCCUUCACCGACUUUCGGAUGAAGCUUAACAGCUUCCUGAACGGUUUUCUACCACUAAAUAAUAUUCCAUUACCAGAUGGAAGGCGCAUUCACCUGCAUGCAGAGGACGUGGUAAUGGAGUUUCAGUUUUUGCGCAUUCAUUAUGAAUCACUAGUUGACUGGCGCAUGCACCGAGACUUACUUCAGUGCAACCCGAAGUUCUAUGGAUCACCAAGGUACAACUGUGUCUUGGUGAACACUGCAGACAAGCCGUUUUUCGCUCGCUUAGUGUAUAUGUUCAGCUGCUCAAUUGGCGGCACUGAUUUCCCUCUUGCGCUAAUUCAUCCUUAUGAUGUCAGUAUCCCCAGUAGUCGUCGAAGGCGAGACAACGACCUUGGACUAUGGCGUGUGCAGGCCAAACCUCGCUUAUCCUCUGAAAUCAUUUCCGUCCAGUCAAUCAUUCAUGGAGUUACUCUCACAAGCAAUCCUGAAACACCUGGUGAUUACUUCGUCAUCCACACUGUGGACAAUGACAUAUUUCUUCUAAUCAAGGCCCUCCAAGCUCAACCAUUGUGA